AUGUUUGACAGCAUGAAUGAGGAUGUUAUUUCAUGGUUAAAGAAUAUAAGCAAUGUUUUCGGUAAGUACGUCAUAGAUGACAAAGGUCUUGUUGUAUUUUAUGAGACAGCAAUACGAACACAGGAACUAAUGGAUAUUAUGCACUCAACAGCAAAGAAAGGAUUUAGUACUAUUGGCAUGAAUGAACAUUGCAGGAAUGACAUAUACAACCUAUGCUCACGAAAGCCUUACACAAAAGCAAUACAAAUGAUAGAACAUAAGUGUCUAAGGUCAGCAAAUGAAAUCAUUACUGUCAGUGGUUAUGAAAGAACUGUUAGCAAAGAUGAGUGGAAACAGCUAUUCAUAUUAAGGAAGGACGUUGCUGAACUAGUUAAACCUGUUGCACAAACAUUGUUUCAGAUAAGACCAGCAAUGACUAAGAACCCUUUGACCUUAGUCAAUGAGACCAUAGAGGUUGAAGAUAAUGACAUGAAAGAACUAGGAAUGAAUGAGAGAAGUUGUGAAGGAUGUUUGAGUCAAAACACAUGGUUCUUCAGAGCUGUUAAGAAACUUAGUAAAGAACGACAGAAAUAUUUUAUAGAGAAGUAUUGCAAAGGAUGUGUAAAUGAAUUGCUUGAAAUAGAACUUAGAGACACUUUCACACUAAAGGACUUGAGGAGAAAUAAGUACAUGAGUGAAGAAGGUAUUGACAUAGCUAGUGUUAUAAAUGACUUAAGAAGAUGUGUUGUCGUUAUUGACGGAGCAUGUAUGACAUAUCUAGUGAAAGAUUAUGAUGGAAUACGAGACACAACAACACUUGUGUCAGUAGAUAGCAAGGAAUUUAAUAAGCUCAUGAAGAGUGUUUAUGUAGGACGUAUUGAAGAGAAGGAUGUGAACGCACUGAUGAUUUAUGAAGCGGGUCAGAACAAGAACUAUCUUAUGAAGUCAGGCAUGAGAUUCUUUGACGAAAGAGAUGACAUUUACAGCUAUUUCAGAGGAUAUGAGUAUGAG